AUGGAGAGUCAGGAUCUAAAGCUAGAGGGAGACAGGGAACUAGUCAUGGACAGUCAGGAGAUACCCGGGGACAUAGUGGGUCUGGCCAUGGUCAAGCUACCAGGACAGAAUCCAGUAAGACUGCAGGAAGAGGAUCUAGUGUCAGUGAUUCCAGUGACACUGAAAGGCACUCAGGUCCCUCACAGACACACGCAGGAUCCCCUCAUAGCCACUCUGGAUCUCAACAUGGAGAGUCAGGAUCUACAGCUAGAGGGAGACAGGGAACUAGUCAUGGCCAGUCAGGAGAUACCAGGGGACAUAGUGGGUCUGGGCAUGGUGAAGCCACCAGGACAGAAUCCAGUAAGACUGCAGGAAGGGGAUCUAGUGUCAGUGAUUCCAGUGACACUGAAAGGCACUCAGGAACCUCACAGACACACGACAGAAUCCAGUAAGACUGCAGGAAGUGGAUCUAGUGUCAGUGAUUCCAGUGACACUGAAAGGCACUCAGGUACCUCACAGACACACGCAGGAUCCCCACAUAGCCACUCUGGAUCUCAACAUGGAGAGUCAGGAUCUAAAGCUAGAGGGAGACAGGGAACUAGUCAUGGACAGUCAGGAGAUACCCGGGGACAUAGUGGGUCUGGCCAUGGUCAAGCCACCAGGACAGAAUCCAGUAAGACUGCAAGAAGGGGAUCUAGUGUCAGUGAGGCUAGUGACACUAAAAGGCACUCAGGAACAUCACAGACACUCGCAGGAUCCCCUCAUAGCCACUCUGGAUCUCAACAUGGAGAAUCAGGAUCUACAGCUAGAGGGAGACAGGGAACUAGUCAUGGCCAGUCAGGAGAUACCAGGGGACAUAGUGGGUCUGGGCAUGGUCAAGCCACCAGGACAGAAUCCAGUAGGACUACAAGAAGGGAUUCUAGUGUCAAUGAUUCCAGUGACACUGAAAGACACUCAGGAGCCCCACAGACACACGUUGGAUCCCCUCAUAGCCACUCUGGAUCUCAACAUGGAGAGUCAGGAUCUACAGCUAGAGGGAGACAGAGAACUAGUCAUGGCCAGUCAGGAGAUACCAGAGGACAUAGUGGGUCUGGGCAUGGUCAAGCCACCAGGACAGAAUCCAGUAAGAGUACAAGAAGGGGUUCUAGUGUCAGUGAAUCCAGUGACUCUGAAAGGCACUCAGGAACCUCACAGACACACACAGGAUCCCCUCAUAGCCACUCUGGAUCUCAACAUGGAGAGUCAGGAUCUACAGCUAGAGGGAGACAGGGAACUAGUCAUGGACAGUCAGGAGACACCAGGGGUCAUAGUGGGUCUGGGCAUGGUCAAGCCACCAGGACAGAAUCCAGUAAGACUGCAGGAAGGGGAUCUAGUGUCAGUGAUUCCAGUGACAAUGAAAGGCACUCAGGAACCUCACAGACACACGUAGGAUCCCCUCAUAGCCACUCUGGAUCUCAACAUGGAGCGUCAGGAUCUACAGCUAGAGGGAGACAGGGAACUAGUCAUGGCCAGUCAGGAGAUACCAGGGGACAUAGUGGGUCUAGGCAUGGUCAAGCUGCCAGGACAGAAUCCAGUAAGACUGCAGGAAGGGGAUCUAGUGUCAGUGAUUCCAGUGACACUGAAAGGCACUCAGGAACCUCACAGACACACGUAGGAUCCCCUCAUAGCCACUCUGGAUCUCAACAUGGAGAGUCAGGAUCUACAGCUAGAGGGAGACAGGGAACUAGUCAUGGACAGUCAGGAGAUACCCGGGGACAUAGUGGGUCUGGGCAUGGUCAAGCUACCAGGACAGAAUCCAGUAAGACUGCAGGAAGGGGAUCUAGUGUCAGUGAUUCCAGUGACACUGAAAGGCACUCAGGAACCUCACAGACACACGUAGGAUCCCCUCGUAGCCACUCAGGAUCUCAACAUGGAGAGUCAGGAUCUACAGCUAGAGGGAGACAGGGAACUAGUCAUGGACAGUCAGGAGAUACCAGGGGACAUAGUGGGUCUAGGCAUGGUCAAGCUAGCAGGACAGAAUCCAGUAUGACUGCAGGAAGGAGAUCUAGUGUCAGUGAUUCCAGUGACACUGAAAGGCACUCAGGUACCUCACAGACACACGCAGGAUCCCCACAUAGCCACUCUGGAUCUCAACAUGGAGAGUCAGGAUCUAAAGCUAGAGGGAGACAGGGAACUAAUCAUGGCCAGUCAGGAGAUACCAGGGGACAUAGUGGGUCUGGGCAUGGUCAAGUCACCAAGACAGAAUCCAGUAGGACUACAAGAAGGCGUUCUAGUCUCAGUGAUUCCAGUGACACUGAAAGGCACUCAGGAAUCUCACAGACACACGCAGGAACCCCUCAUAGUCACUCUGGAUCUCAACAUGGAGAGUCAGGAUCUACAGCUAGAGGGAGACAGGGAACUAGUCAUGGCCAGUCAGGAGAUACCAGGGGACAUAGUGGGUCUAGGCAUGGUCAAGCUACAAGGACAGAAUCCAGUAAGACUGCAGGAAGGGGAUAUAGUGUCAGUGAUUCCAGUGACACUGAAAGGCACUCAGGAACCUCACAGACACACGCAGGAUCCCCUCAUAGCCACUCUGGAUCUCAACAUGGAGAGUCAGGAUCUACAGCUAGAGGGAGACAGGGAACUAGUCAUGGACAGUCAGGAGACACCAGGGGACAUAGUGGGUCUGGGCAUGGUGAUGCCACCAGGACAGAAUCCAGUAAGACUGCAGGAAGGGGAUCUAGUGUCAGUGAUUCCAGUGACACUGAAAGGCACUCAGGAACCUCACAGACACACGUAGGAUCCCCUCGUAGCCACUCAGGAUCUCAACAUGGAGAGUCAGGAUCUACAGCUAGAGGGAGUCAGGGAACUAGUCAUGGCCAGUCAGGAGAUACAAGGGGACAUAGUGGGUCUCGGCAUGGUCAAGCUAGCAGGACAGAAUCCAGUAAGACUGCAGGAAGGGGAUCUAGUGUCAGUGAUUCCAGUGACACUGAAAGGCACUCAGGUACCUCACAGACACACGCAGGAUCCCCUCAGAGGCACUCUGGAUCUCAACAUGGAGAGUCAGGAUCUAAAGCUAGAGGGAGACAGGGAACUAAUCAUGGCCAGUCAGGAGAUACCAGGGGACAUAGUGGGUCUGGGCAUGGUCAAGUCACCAGGACAGAAUCCAGUAGGACUACAAGAAGGCGUUCUAGUCUCAGUGAUUCCAGUGACACUGAAAGGCACUCAGGAACCUCACAGACACAUGCAGGAUCCCCUCAUAGUCACUCUGGAUCUCAACAUGGAGAGUUAGGAUCUACAGCUAGAGGGAGACAGGGAACUAGUCAUGGUCAGUCAGGAGAUACCAGGGGACAUAGUGGGUCUAGGCAUGGUCAAGCUACCAGAACAGAAUCCAGUAAGACUGUAGGAAGGGGAUCUAGUGUCAGUGAUUCCAGUGACACUGAAAGGCACUCAGGUCCCUCACAGACACACGCAGGACCCACUCAUAGCCACUCUGGAUCUCAACAUGGAGAGUCAGUAUCUACAGCUAGAGGGAGAAAGGGAACUAGUCAUGGACAGUCAGGAGACACCAGGGGACAUAGUGGGUCUGGGCAUGGUGAAGCCACCAGGACAGAAUCCAGUAAGACUGCAGGAAGGGGAUCUAGUGUCAGUGAUUCCAGUGACUCUGAAAGGCACUCAGAUCCCUCACAGACACACGCAGGAUCCCCUCAUAGCCACUCAGGAUCUCAACAUGGAGAGUCAGGAUCUACAGCUAGAGGGAGACAGGGAAUUAGUCAUGCCCAGUCAGGAGACACCAGGGGACAUAGUGGGUCUGGGCAUGGUCAAGUCACCAGGACAGAAUCCAGUAAGACUGCAAGAAGGGGAUCUAAUGUCAGUGAUUCCAGUGACACUGAGAGGCACUCAGGAGCCCCACAGACACACACAGGAUCCCCUCAUAGCCACUCUGGAUCUCAACAUGGAGAGUCAGGAUCCAUAGCUAGAGGGAGACAGGGAACUAGUCAUGGCCAGUCAAGAGAUACCAGGGGACAUAGUGGGUCUAGGCAUGGUCAAGCUAGCAGGACAGAAUCCAGUAAGACUGCAGGAAGGGGAUCUAGUGUCAGUGAUUCCAGUGACACUGAAAGGCACUCAGGAACCUCACAGACACACAUAGGAUCCCCUCGUAGUCACUCUGGAUCUCAACAUGGAGAGUCAGGAUCUACAGCUAGAGGGAGACAGGGAACUAGUCAUGGCCAGUCAGGAGAUACCAGGGGACAUAGUGGGUCUAGGCAUGGUCAAGCUAGCAGGACAGAAUCCAGUAAGACCACAGGAAGGGGAUCUAGUGUCAAUGAUUUUAGUGACACUGAAAGGCACUCAGGUCCCUCACAGACACACGCAGGAUCCCCUCAUAGCCACUCUGGAUCUCAACAUGGAGAGUCAGGAUCUACAGCUAGCGGGAGAGAGGGAAAUAAUCAUGGCCAGUCAGGAGAUACCAGGGGACAUAGUGGGUCUGGCCAUGGUCAAGCUUCCAGGACAGAAUCCAGUAGGACUACAAGAAGGGGAUCUAGUCUCAGUGAUUCCAGUGACACUGAAAGGCACUCAGGAGCCUCACAGACACACACAGGAUCCCCUCAUAGCCACUCUGGAUCUCAACAUGGAGAGUCAGGAUCUACAGGUAGAGGGAGUCAGGGAACUACUCAUGAACAGUCAGGAGAUACCGGGGGACAUAGUGGGUCUGGCCAUGGUCAAGCCACCAGGAGAGAAUCCAGUAGGACUACAAGAAGGGGAUCUAGUCUCAGUGAGGCUAGUGACACUGAAAGGCACUCAGGAGCCCCACAGACACACACAGGAUCCCCUCAUAGCCACUCAGGAUCUCAACAUAGAGAGGCAGGAUCCAUAGCUAGAGGGAGACAGGGAACUAGUCAUGGCCAGUCAGGAGAUACCAGGGGACAUAGUGGGUCUGGGCAUGGUCAAGUCACCAGGACAGAAUCCAGUAGGACUACAAGAAGGCGUUCUAGUGUCAGUGAUUCCAGUGACACUGAAAGGCACUCAGGAGCCUCACAGACACAUGUAGGAUCCCCUCAUAGCCACUCAGGAUCUCAACAUGGAGAGUCAGGAUCCAUAGCUAGAGGGAGACAGGGAACUAUUCAUGGCCAGUCAGGAGAUACCCGGGGACAUAGUGGGUCUGGGCAUGGUCAAGUCACCCGGACAGAAUCCAGUAAGACUACAAGAAGGGGAUCUACUGUCAGUGAGUCCAGUAGCACUAAAAGGCACUCAGGAGCCCCACAGAUACAUGCAGGAUCCUCUCAUAGCCACUCAGGAUCUCAACAUGGAGAGUCAGGAUCUACAGCUAGAGGGAGACAGGGAACUACUCAUGGCCAGUCAGGAGAUACCAGCGGACAUAGUGGGACUCAGCAUGGUCAAGCCAUCAGGUCAGAAUCCAGUAGGUCUCCAAGAAGUGGAUCCAAUGUCAGUGAAUCUAGUGAUAAUGAAAGGCACUCAAGAGCAUCAUCAAGGAACUCAGUUUCUAGCCAUGUACAUUCCAGGUCUUUCCCUACACCCACAGUUUCUGAUACAACUGGAAGGUAUGAGUCAAGCACUGAGCAGGCGGGAGAUCGUUCUAAACAAUCAGUCAUAGAUCAAGAGCAGACAUCAGUUCAGAAGCAACCAGUUUCUAGACAUACACAGAAUUUUGGAUCCUCCCUAGAAUCUAAAGGAGACAAAUCUACAUAUUCAGGCUCUGUUCAAGGGCAGAACACAUCUUCCCAUAAGCAAUUAGGAACUGACACAAUAGAGAGACAUGGGUCCAACCAUACACAGUCACAUGAAACUCAUAGGCAGUCCAAGGACAGCAUAAGGAAUCAGUUACAUAGCAGUCAUCACCGAUCUAGAGUAAGUCAUUCCCAGUCUCAGAGUAGUGGAAGACACCGACAUGAAUCAGGUCAAGGUUGGAAACACGGCAGUUAUGGGAGUGCAGAAUAUGACUAUGGGCAGUCUGGGUAUGGACCUUCUGGAGGUAGCAGAACAAGCAGCCGCAAUUCUAGCCCUUUGAGGUCAUUGGAUCUAGCUGCAAACAAUCACAUUUCUACCCGUGGACAAUCAGUUCCUACAUUUGACCAUACAGGAUCAAAAGCAACUGAAAUAAUAGGAAGACAAAGUUCAAGUCAUGGACAGCCAACUUAUUCCCAUAAUCAGUCUGGAACCAAUGUAAGUAGAAGGCAGGGAUCUAUUCAUGGGCAUUCAGCAGUAAGUCAUGAACCAUCAAGUGACACCUAUUUUCAAUCUGGGAAGCAUAGGCAGCCAAGCAGCCAUUCUGUACCCAGCCAUGGACAGUCCAUAUCAGCUCACAGCUAUUCAGAAUCUAGUUCAACUCUAGGGCAUGGAUCCCAUAGUGAUAAUAAAGAGCAUUCAGAAGAUUGGGGGGAACAAAUUCAUGAACCAUCAGAAUCUAGGCAUGGACAGUCAGAAUUCAACAAUGUAGGUAUACUUGGAUCCAGCCAGGAGAAUGUGGGAGAUAUAUCUUCUAAUGAGCAGGUAAGAUCUAGCACAAGUUUAGGAAGACAGGGAUCAAUUAAGAGACAACCUGGAGACAUCCAAGGUCAAUCUGGAUUCAGCACCAAUGAAAGAAAUGUAUAUAACCAUGGACAAUCAAGUGACAGCUAUAGGCAGUCAGUUGACAGCAGAAGCAAAAGUCAAGGAUUCAUUUCUAGUCACUCUCAUGAUAGCCAAGACCCUACAGGAACUGAAGAAUAUGGGUAUAGAUAUUCAUCAAGCAGUACAAUCAUGUGGAGGGGGGGGGAGCAAAAGCAAGGGCCUGAAUCAAAUUUGUUAGGAAGCAUCAGAAUAUAUUGUCAGGAUAUGGAUGAUAAACAGGCAGGAAACAUGGAUGCCAAAGGUUGCCAUAAAAGGGAGAGAACAGAAUCAGGUUCCUUUUACUUAGACAGCAACACUCCACUCUAUGAAUAUGUCCAAGAACAAAGGUGUUAUUACUUUGAAUAAUCAUUUGAAGCCAACAGAAAACAAACUAACUCAAGAUAAGAGAUAACCCAAGAAGAAAUGAGAAUAUAACAUGGAAUUAAGAUAUUUACCAUGAUCCUUUCUUUUGUUACUGGGAACAUAUAUCUGUUCUUUUAUUCAACAGUAGCACGUACUCUAUUCCUCUUGUUUGGUGCAGGGUUUUUUGGAAGGCUCCAUGAUCACUAAGCUCUUUGGAUAGAAAACAGUGAAUCAAAGAAAUAAUAGCUCUUGGAACUCUAUUCAGAAAUAUAUGACAAAGUGAUUUGACUGCUUUGGGAUAAAGUAAGCAUUUUUUUUAAAUGUCUAAGACUUUUGGACUUCCCAGAUUUUAUUUUAAUUGACAUUGACAAACCUAUCCAAGGAGCUAAGAAACAUGAUUUUGGAGCCACAAUAUUCCUAAUAACAUUAUAACACAUUCCAUGUCCUGAGCAAAGAAUGUUAUAGUAGCUGAUGAGUCAGAAUAUUUGCAUCUUUUUUGCCACAACUGGAACAUCAUACGAUUACUUUUGAAUUUAUUGUCAUGAACUCCUUGCAUAAAAAUGUUCAAUAAACUU